AUGAGAAAAGUAAUAGCCGUUGAUGGGACAUUCUUGAGGAGCAAGUAUGAAGGAGUUUUGCUAUCGGCGGUGGCACAAGAUGCUGAGAAUCAUAUAUUUUCAGUGGCUUUCUGUGUUGUGGACAAGAAAUGCAAUGUCUCAUAUGAAUAUUUUUUUCAAAACAUGAGAAGCUUUGUAGAUGAUAUUGAUGAAUUGUGCAUUAUUUCUGAUAGGCAUCCAAGUAUUCGAAAGAUGAUUUCGAUUAUCUACCCUGCAUCUCAUUAUGGUUGUUACAUGAGAUACCUUGGGGAAAAUAUUCAAAAUAACUUUCACAAUUCAAAGGUAGUGACCCAUUUUUAUAAAGCAGCAAAGGCGUACAAUAGAUGUGGGUUCAAUGACCAUUUCAAUCAAAUAAGAGAUUUGGUACCAAAGGCGGCUGAAACUCUUAAAUGUAUUGGAUUCCACACAUGGAGCAGGGCAUUUUGCCUGGGAAAUAGAUAUAACAUUAUGACGUCAAACAUCGCGGAGUCAGAGAAUUCUAUGUUUGAUGUUGAAAGAGAAUUUCCCAUUGUCGCUCUAUUUGAUGAAAUAAACAGGAGAUUUGCACUUUUAUUUCACUAG